GGGGGCGGGGGGAAUGAGCGGUAAGCGGAAAAGCCGUCACGUGAGCAGCACGCACGUAUCGCUUGCGCGGGUAUGAGGGUCGGCGGACUUAGCCCUCUGUGCCGGCGGGAUGGGUCGGGUCUCGGCUUCAGAGAUAGCAGGUUCCGGGUUUACGUUGGCCUUGCAGCAAACGGAAGUUUGUAGCCGUCUUCUCUCGCUUUAGUCGAGGUCAGUGACAGCCGAGCCCCGGCCUGCCCCUCCCUUCUUCUGGGCGGAAGGAGUCUUUCCCCCGACCUCCAGUCGGGGUGGCGGCCUCUCUCUCUCUCUCCCCGCCUCCUGGGUCACGUUGCUUCUCCCUCCGCUAACCUGCUUCACUGUACAGAUGGUCGAAUGCUUCUGCUGAGCCCGAAGUCCCCGGGGAUAAAAAGAUAAAAUAGAUCUCUUCCCAGAUCUGGCAGAUCUCCUUGGGGAGUGCAGUGAUGCAAGUGAAACUGCUCCAAGACCUGGCCAAAUCUCCCUACAUUUUAGCAAAAAUAUGCCAGUGCCAAAGUCUCCCUACAGUUCUUCGUCCAACACUAAAACUCGUAAAGGAAUUUGAAAAGACAACAUGCAAGAUGCUGAUAGUAAAUCAAAACUUGGGUUUAUGCUGUUCUGAAACAGUAGCUGGUGUCUUGAAAUGUUCAUUUCCUGGACACAUCAACUGGAAUGUGUCAGCUGCAAACAUAAUAUCUCAGUUGAAGACUGUGUUCUGCAGAGGUGAAAAAAUGAAUGUUCCAUCCCUGAAAUCUUUCAGUACUUCCAGAAAAAUGAGUCACAAACUAAGCCUAUUGUAUACUGAGUGGCCUAUGAAAGUAGUAGAGAGGCAAUAUUCUUCUAUACCAACCGGAAAACUAGAAGUUCAACAAAUCAAGAGACCUCUAAAAGCAUCUAGGACCAAACAGCCAUCCAGGGUUAACCUUCCACUUUCUUCUGCGAAUGAGGACCUGAUGCACUGCACAGCAUUUGCAACAGCAGAUGAAUAUCAUCUUGGUAAUCUGUCCCAUGAACUGGGAUCUCAUGGAUUCAUGGAAAUAACCAACUUGCCUAGAGAUGCAGCAAAUAUUUUGGUGAUUGGUGUAAAAAAUUCUGAAAAAGAACAUGAUCCUGGAACAAUCUUUUUCUUCAGGGAAGGAGCUGUUGUAUUUUGGAAUGUGGAGAAUAAAACUAUGAACCAUGUGAUGCAAAUUUUGGAAAAACAUGAAGUUCAGCCCUAUGAAAUGGCACUGGUUCACUGGGAGAAUGAAGAACUUAACUACAUGAAAGCAGAGGGUCAGUCAAAACUUCAUAGAGGGGAAAUCAGGUUAAAUUCAGAAUUGGACCUAGAUGAAAUCAUAUUGGAGAAAUUUGCCUUUUCAAAUGCCCUUUGCCUUUCAGUUAAACUGGCUAUUUGGGAAGCAUCACUGGAUGAUUUUGUUGAGUCUAUUCAGUCAAUUCCAGAGGCUUUAAAAGCUGGAAAAAAAGUAAAACUUUCUCAUGAAGAAGUUAUGCAGAAAAUGGGAGAACUUUUUUCAUUAAGACACCGUAUAAAUUUAAGUUCAGACUUCCUGAUGACCCCUGAUUUCUACUGGGAUAGAGAAAACUUGGAGGCACUUUAUGAUAAAACUUGUCAGUUCCUUAGCAUUACUCGUAGAGUUAAGGUAAUGAAUGAGAAGCUUCAACACUGCAUGGAACUAACAGACCUGAUGAGAAAUCACCUCAAUGAAAAGCGGGCACUCCGCCUAGAAUGGAUGAUUGUUAUACUUAUCACCAUUGAGGUAAUGUUUGAACUUGGCAGACUAUUGUUCUAAUUAUGUGAAAAAGAUGUGGAUAACUGAAAAAUUGACACAUAUAAAAUAUACUAAAAAGUAUCAUUGACUUGUGUAAAUAAUAGGAAGCAAAUAUUCCUUUUUGUCUGAUCUUUUAUAGUGGUUCUAAUCUUUGUAUAUAUUUUUCUGGUCAAAUAAAAAUUACGACUGUUGUACUCAA